AUGUCUUUUGCUCGUUCUGUCAUCCAGGAUGCUUCCAUUCCAGAGUCAGCACGGCAGCAGGCUUUAAACCGCAUUUGGUCUGACCCUGGUAUCCCUCAAGAAUCCACCACGUCUUCAUUUUGGUUAGAAAAGCUUCACCCGCAGUUCGCGCAACCUGCCACCUCAGAUUUGCCUUCCAACGCAGAAGUUGUGAUAGUCGGCUCCGGGAUUACAGCUACAUCCAUUGCACGGACACUUCUCCAAAAUCGGACUAAAGCUACCGCGUCAAGCCCUUCUCAUCCAGCUAUAGUGAUUCUCGAGGCCCGUGACAUCUGUAGUGGAGCUACAGGACGAAAUGGAGGUCAUAUUCUCGAGACUGCAGACGAAUAUGCCGAGUUUGCUGAUGAGUUUGGCGACGAGGCAGCGCGCAAGAUUAUUCGCUUCCGAUUAUCACAUCUUCGAGAGAUGCUGAAUAUUGCCAAGGAACUUGGUCUGUCCGAAGAGGCUCAAGCGCGGAAAGUGCAAUUUCUUAGUGCCUACUUUGGCGACCAGCCAUGGCGCGAAGCUAUGGAGAGACUCCGUCGCUUCAAGGAGGGGAUGCCAGAGGAGUCAGAAGAAUGGAUAGCAUAUGACAGAAACUCGAUGCCAGACGAAUUUAAACUCUCAAAUGCAACUGGUGUUGUCGCAGGUCCUGCUGGUGCUCUGUGGCCUUACAAGUUUAUCACAGGCAUCUUGGCCAGACUUCUUCAGGAAUACCCGGAUGAAUUACGAGUCAAUCACCAUACUUUCGUGAAAUCAAUCGAAGCGGAGUCUUCUUCAGCUGGUGGCUAUAAAGUCGAGACUAGUCGUGGCACGAUUUCUGCUCGACAUGUAAUUCAUUGCACAAAUGCACAUGUCGGCCACCUGGUCCCUGGUCUGCGAGGCCGGAUAUUCCCCGUGCGAGGCCAAAUGUCAGCACAAACUCCCGGAGACAGGUUUCCCUUACAAGCAUACAAGCAGUCUUGGCUGUUCAAUUACCACCGUGGAUUUGACUACCUGACACAGCUUCCUGGAGGGCAGAUGAUGUUUGGUGGCGGCUUCGCACAAGGUGAACUGGGUGGUAUCGCUGAGCUGGGAAUAUCUAGAGACCAUGAGAUGAGCGUGUAUAUCGAUAUUCAUCUAUCUGGUGCGCUUGGAGCGGUCUUUGGUAGAGAGUCCUGGGGCCGUGUAGAAGGUGACCAGGUGCAAAAGAUGUGGACGGGCAAUAUGGCGUUCAGCUCGGACGGGUUCCCGUGGGUGGGACGAUUACCUGAGUCGGUGACACAUCGACCGUCUCAGGAUAAGAAUGCUGGAUCUGAAUGGGUGUGUGCUGCAUUUGGGGGAGAGGGAAUGGUUCAAUGCUGGCAGUCUGGGAAGGCUCUAGCUACACUCCUUGCUACACAAGAUAAGGAACUUGACUCAACAAUUGAUGACGAUCUAUCAUGGUUCCCAGAGCAGCUACUUGUCUCUGAUGAGCGUAUUGCGGCAGCUGAGCUCCCUCGAACUAUCGCCGGUUUUCGGCGCCAAGCGAAUCUGUAG